AUGAGCUUAAAAUUAUAUUAUGAUCUUAUGUCCCAACCUUCAAGGGCUAUGUACAUUUUAUUAAAAACAUCUAAGUGCAAUUUUGAAUCCAAGUUAGUAAAUCUUCGCCAAGGUGAGCACUACACAGAGGAAUAUGAGGCUAUUAAUAGGUUCAAAAAGGUACCUGUUAUAGACCACAAUGGCUUUUUACUAAGUGAGAGUGUGGCUAUAGUAAAAUAUUUGUCACGUGAAAAUAUUAUACCAAGAAUUCUGUACCCUGAAGAUAGCAAAUCACAAGCGAGGGUAGAUGAAUAUUUGGAAUGGCAACACAUUGGUUUGAGACUGCAUUGUUCCAUGUUUUUCAGGGUUGCGUACCUCAAUCCAGUAUUUUUUGACACAACUCCAGAUCCAAAGCAAGUCCAGAGUUACAAGAAAAGGAUGUUAAAUGCUCUAGAGGAGUUUAAUAGUCUUUGGUUGGGACACAAUGAAUUUGUGACAGGCAAUACAAUAAAUGUAGCUGAUUUAUUUGCAGCCGUGGAGUUGGAACAACCAAGAAUGGCAGGCUUCGACCCGGCGGAAAAAUACCCAAAUAUCGCGACAUGGUGGCCUAAAGUUAGACAGCACUUCAACCCGUACUACGAUGAGGCUCAUGUUAUUUUGAAUAAGAUAGUUAAGAAAAAUGUGUCGAAGUUAUAA